UCAAAAAAAGUUAAAAAGGCCAAAUAAAGUACGAAGUUGAAGAGCAUUGAGGACCAAAAUUCUUAAAAGUCAUUUGAAUCUUUAUGAAGUUGCAACAAAGUUACAGUUUGACGGGGUUUAUCCUAUAUGUCGAAUUGCUAUAUACAUAGCCACUUGUCCAUCCAUUUUCCUGAAUAGACAUUCAAAUUAUUAAAGCGACUUUUAUGCCCAUGUAUGGAAAAAAUGUUUUCUGGUCUGUAUGUCGUUCUUCCGUCCGUCAGUUCGUCCGUCCAUCCAUUUUCACGGUCCACUGAACAUAAACUAUGAUUGAUAGUGCGGAUGGGGCAUCCGUGUACUUUGAACAUAUUCUUGUUUUUAAGUAUUAUAAUCACAGCUCAAAAUUAACGCAGAUACAUCAUUUCACACUACAUGGUAACCAGUGUAAACAUACAAGGAUAAACAGGUUUUAUACUUUGAACCAUGUUAUCUGCACACAUAUAACUAUAUCAACAAUGAGAACUGACUUAAUUCAAUUAAUAUAUAUAAACAGACUUUAGAUCAUGGAACACAUUUAUGAGGAUGGGUUAUGAGCCAGCUUGGACCUUCCUUGUUGGAUCUCGAGAAAUUAACAGACAGUUCUUUGGAGGAAGCUUCUUGGUUUGUAACAGCAACUUUCAUUGGUUAUCUGUGUGGUUCAGUGAUCAGUGGUGGACUGUUUGGACGAAUGAAUGCAUUUCGAAUCAUUUUAAUUGGCCUUUUCAUAUUGGCAUCUACAUCAGCUGCGAUUCCCUUUUCUGUAAUAUAUGAAGUUAUGGUAUUCAUGCAUAUUUUAAAGGGAAUAGGAGGUGGUUUAUUGGAUGCAGCUGGAAAUUCUGUCUUUAUUCUGAAGUUCCGAGAAGAAGAAUCUGCCCGGUCGUACAUGCAAACGCUACAUUUUAUUUAUGCAAUAGGUGGAAUUUUAUCACCAAUUGCUACAUCGCCAUUUCUUCUGCCAACGCCCUCAAAUGGAAACAAUGAAACACAGUGGCCAUCGACAACUAAAUCAUAUGACGCAAUGUUUUCCAAUGCUGGAAUGUCUGGUAUGUUAACAACAAACAUCCAUGGUCUUAAUUUUACCAAUACGACUAAUAACGAUUCAACUGCUUACAAUGACAACAAAACAGAUAUUGAAGAAAAAGAGUCCAUUCUUUACCGAGCUUACCUGAUAUCAACAGGUUUGUGUCUAACUGCAGCGAUUCCCUUUUUAUGUUUAUGUUGGCAAAGCAGAUCCGAAUAUCGCAUGGAUACCAAGAAUCCGGAUGGAAUGGAAUAUAGACAUAGAAAACUACCUCUAUCAUUUAAAUUACUCAUACUCGUUUUAAUGAGUUUAUUUAUAGGAGUGGAAAAUGGACUUGAAGACACGUACUUUGGUUUUUUUACAGCUUUCACAGUCAAUCAGUUUCAAUGGACGAAACAAACAGGCUCAUAUCUUGUCUCUGUUUACUGGGCGGCGUAUGCAUUUGGACGCUUUACUGCAAUUUUUAUUGUAAAACAUUUUAAGCCAUCAACAUUGUUACGAGUUUAUAUCAAUAUCGUAUUAGCAGGCACAAUUGGAAUAUUUCUUUCUACAAAGUUUGGAUUUCCCACUGGAAUUUGGAUAUUUUCACCACUGGUAGGAUUUUCAAUAUCUGUGUUCUUUCCGUCGAUACUUCUAUGGACAGAAGAGGAGUUUGUUCCUAUAACUGGAAAAGUAGCCUCUCUUCUGAUGUUUUCUGCUUCACUUGGAUCGAUGAUUAAUCCGAUAAUGAUAGGGUACUUAAUGGAUAACCUGUCUCCUACAUGGUUCAUUUAUAUAACAUUGGGUCAAACUAUUGUCUUGCUUGUUUUAGUUUGGACUGUUUCAUUUGUGUCCAGACAUGCAAACACAUAUUCAUUUGAAAACGAAAUUCAAAUGAGUGUUGAAUUAGAAGAAAACAGAAAAGCUAGGAGAGUAUCAAUUGCAAGUGUCAUUAGUUUACCUGUGCUACAACUUGGUGCGUCUGAAACGCAAUACUCUAGUUCAGAAAAUGCUUGUUCGCGACCUAGAAUACUCAGUGUGUCAAGCGUCUGAAUUUACCUUCAGAAGAAAUUAUCAAGCCUAAAAUAUUGAAAGCAAUUUAACUUCGAGUCAAACAGUCUGAACUGACAACAAGGGAAAUAUCUGAAGAAAAAUGAAUUUUCAAGAAGGAUUAUAACUGAGAUAGAGUAUUAAAUCUGUCAUGACCAUCAGUUUUAUGGCUAUAGACACUUUAGAUGAAAACAGCACAAAUACUUCUACUGUUUGAAUCGACAAAAAAAAGAUUUUGAUAAUUACUUGUUAAUCAGAUGAAAAAGUUUUUUUAUUGCCUACAAACAAUUCAUCUUUCAAAAUUACAAUUGAAAAUAUUUUUUGAUAAAUAAAGUUUUUUUCAUAGAAAACUUCUGACCAGCCAGACAUGAUAGAUUUUCAAGCUGAUAAAUGGACACAAAUUGACCAUACAGGUUAAAUUAUCACAUGAGUAUUUAAGUAGAUAGAUUAAGGUUACAAUACACCAUUAGAUUUUAUGGGCGCAGCCAUUUUAUGAGCAUAACAUGGUAUUCAGAAUUAAGAGUAUGGCGAAUCCUGAUUGGUCGAUAUGUGCGCCCGUUAUUUUUUAUUAUUAGAGACUUCGUACACUCUGCUUUAUGUAAAAGGCAAAAUAAAAAUUAUUCCGUAUCCCUAAAGGCACUGAGAUGACUUUUCAACGCUAGGAGAAGACACGUAUUUUUAAGGGCAAAAUUGAUAGGCAUGGGAGAUAAGUACAAAAUACGCUAAGAAAAGC